UGGACCUGGAGGGGAGCUGACAGAGACCCGUGCCCAGCUCACGGAGUGCCAGGACAGGCUACAGGAAGCCAGGAGGAGGGCUGAGGAGCAGACCCAGAAGUGUCAGGCCAAGGUGUCCAGUCUGAAGAGCCAGCAUGGCUGUGUUAGUCAGCAGCUGCAGGACAGGAGUGCUGAGGUGCAGAGGCUCCAGAGGUCAUUGGCUGAGCUACAUGGGACGAGAGAUGGAGUGGGAGAGAGAGACAUCCGCCCUGCAGGGCCAGCUGGGCCUUGCCAGAGAGGAGCUCCACAGCGCCAUCCUCAGGCUUUGUGGUAGAGAAGAGGAGCUGAAGAGGCUGAGAGACGAGCAGCAUCAGCUCAAGGACAAGGUGAGGGAGAGCGAUGUGCAGGCUGUGUGGCUGCAGAGCCAGGCCGACGUGGUGGGUCGGGAGCUGUGGGUGUGGAGGGACCGCUACCAUGCUGCCUCAGAGGGACUGAGGCUGAGGGGGGCUGGGCUUGAGGAGGUGCAGAGGGCCAGGGACACGGCCCUCAGAAGCCUGAGACUACAGGAGGCGAAGACCCACAGUCUGGGGGCCGAGAGGCAGGAGCUGCAGCACAGCCUGGACGGCCUACAGGACAGGCUUGCCCAGAAGGAGGAGAUGGUCAUGGCUCUCAGAGUGAAGCUGCAGGACCAUGAAGAAGACGCCCGUGUUCUCCGCCAACAGCUGCUCUCCUCCCAAGAUGCACUGCAGCAAGUUACUGUAGAGCUGAGGUCAUGUAAAAGAGAGAGGGAGAAGCAGGAUAGCCAGUGUGUGGAGACAAGAGGAGAGACUGCCGGAGAUGCCUGCAAUGCCCAGCUGGUCCAGGAGGAGGCUGGGGUGAGCAGGCUGAGGGGGAGCUGCGUGAGGUGGGGGGAACAGAGGGACAGACUGGCCUCUCAGGUGACAGAGAACCAGGACUUGAGCCAUGCCUGGACCUGAGCCUGGAUCUGGACCUGCUCACUGAGAAACACAAGGCUGCACAGC